GCUUUUUACAACUUGAUUUUGCUUGAUCAUGCAAUUCUAUCAACAUGCGGGGCAGAUUCUCGACAAAUUAGGUCGAAAGGAAGGUACCAUUAAGGGCCUUGUUAUUGGCGAUCCCAAAGUCAGAGAUAAGAAGAAAAUGUACGCUCUCGUUUGCGAGACUUUGAAAUACAAAAAGGUUCUCAACGAGAUCGUCGAUACCACCGGCAUUUGUAUUCAGGAAAAAAAGUUGAAACGAUCCCUCGCCCUUGUCCUCAUUCACGAUCUUUUGUUUACCAAACGUGGUAUUACGGUCAAGAACAGUGUGCCACUCAAACAAUGUGUGAUACGACAUCAGGCACGUCUCAAGGCUGAAUUGGCCAAGCUCAAGAUUAAAUACAAUGCAGUCAACAACGAGGAUUUAGUGAGUCAGAAAGUGAAAGAUGCGGUGCACAUCCCUCGAUAUGUCCGCGUCAAUCUUCACAAGACGACCAUGGAAAAAGCAAUUGGGGCUUUUGAAAAGGAAGGCUAUACUCUUAUUGAAACUCCCGAUGAUUUGCGCGUACUGGAGAAAAAAACGUUCUGCCGAGAUCAGCAUUUGUCGGAUCUGCUCGUCAUGUCGCCCAAAACGGAUCUGCAUGAUCAUCCUUUAUACCUUUCCGGCGAUAUCAUCUUGCAAGACAAGGCAUCCUGUUUCCCUGCUCACGUCGCCCAGGCACCCGAAGGAGCUCAUGCUAUUGAUGCUUGCGCUGCUCCCGGAAAUAAGACCUCGCAUCUUUCAGCCCUCAUGAAAAACACGGGGCGCAUUUGGGCCUUUGAUCUGGAUGAAAGACGAUUAAAUCUCUUAAAACGACUGACCACCAAAGCUGGCUGUAAAAAUAUUUCACCUGUCCACGGAUCGUUUUUGGAAGUCGAUCCAACGGAUCCUCAAUAUGCCAACGUGGAGUAUUUCUUAUUGGACCCGUCUUGCUCAGGAUCUGGAAUCAUCAGUCGUUUGGACCAUUUAGUGGAUGAUGAAGAUGAAGAUGAACAAGCGAACCAAGAUGGUCAGGAAGGUUCCCAUCAACAACGUCUGAGAAGUUUGGCUGAAUUCCAAAUCUCGGUGAUUCAACACGCUUUCAAAUUUCCCAAGGCAAAACGAGUGGUUUACUCAACAUGCUCGAUCCACGCCGAAGAAAAUGAGCAAGUAGUCAAGACCGUGUUGUCUCAAACGGAUGAUUUUGAAUUGGCCUCGCGUGAUACUGUGCUACCAUCGUGGGUACGACGUGGUAUUCCAGACGAAUUCGACGGUGAUACAAAUAAAUCAGAUGCGGUCAUUCGUACAGUGCCCGCGGAGGACUUGACGAAUGGAUUCUUUGUAGCGUGUUUCGUACGAAAAUCGCUGAAACGCUCACUUGAAGAAGACCUUACGUCUGAGCCAACCACUCCAAAGAAGAAGAACAAGAAGAAGAAGAAAAACAAAGCUAAAGCCAAAGCAUCCGAUGCCGCCGUAGAUAUUUCCCCAUAGAGUUUUUUUUUCCACCUCUUUUAUUUGCAUUACUUCCAACAUCUAAUCUAUGAAUCAAUCUUUUUUACCCCACAAAAAGUAAUUAGUUGCCCUGUCCUUUUUAUCAUAAAAUGAUCAUUGAGAGUGUAUAAUGCAUACAAACCUUUUUCUUUUGCAACUUGUGAUAAC